GCAGUUAAUCUCUGGGUCGAAUCUAUGGAAACCAAACAGAACAGAUUUGUCUUCCCCUUCCAUUUUGGCUGUGGUCUGGGAAACAGACACUCUCGGCCUCUCUGAGAUUCAGAAAUUUGGGAGCCACGCAGAGAGGGAUGCACACAGGCCGCCUUCAGGAUUUGGAAAGAUUACAGGAAGGAAAGAAAAUCCUGUGGCUCCAAAAUGACAUCCCGAGAACCAAAGACAAGCCUCCAAAAUGCCUACCCAUCUGCCAAGAGGCUGCUGCCCAAGGGGGAGGGGGAUAUGGAAGAGGAGGAGUACUGCACCCCAGGAGCCUUCGAGCUGGAGCGUCUCUUCUGGAAGGGCAGUCCUCAGUACACCCACGUCAACGAGGUCUGGCCCCAGCUCUACAUCGGUGACGAGGCGACAGCUCUGGACCGCUAUGGGCUGCAGAAGGCCGGCUUCACGCACGUGCUGAAUGCAGCUCAGGGUCGCUGGAACGUGGACACUGGACCCGACUACUACCGCGCCAUGGCCAUCGAAUACCACGGCGUUGAGGCCGACGACCUGCCCACAUUUGACCUCAGCGUCUUCUUCUACCCAGCAGCCGCUUUCAUCAACACGGCGCUCAGCCUUGACCACAGUAAGAUCCUGGUUCACUGUGUCAUGGGCCGCAGCCGGUCGGCAACUCUGGUCCUGGCCUACCUGAUGAUUCACAAGAACAUGACCCUGGUGGACGCCAUCCAGCAAGUGGCCAAGAACCGCUGUGUCCUACCCAACCGGGGCUUUCUGAAGCAGCUCCGGGACCUGGACAAGCAACUGGUGGAGCAGAGGCGACAGGCCCAGUUCGGUGACAACAGUGACAAGGCUGGUGAAAAGGACCCAUAAAGCCCCUUGCACAGCGUGCAGAGACACUCGGGAAUGGAGAGGGAAGGCGGAAAUCACCCUGCCCUGGGACUUGGGACAGUGAAACCAAAGCCCGACUUCCUCCCAACUCAAACUGCCCAGGUGUGCGCUGAUGAACAGGGAGGAGUCAAAGCUGCCGCCUGACAAGCUCUUGGCUUCACAGUGGAAAGAGGCAGACAGCCCUCUCAGCAGAACUGGUUACACAUGAGCACAUAGCUCUGCACCAAGGCACCUGUAUUUAUUUUUAUUUUUUUAUCUGGUAAGAUGGAAGCAGAACAG